CUAACUUGAGAACAAACUCUGACCAAUCUUCCAGAUCAUACUCCUGACAAAAUCAAGCUAACUACUGACUCAACGGCGGUGCAAGAGGUACACGUAUCAGUGCGGACAAUGGCUGAAUUCACUGUUGAAAAGAAUGACCUAACUGGCCUCUCAGGCAAGGUUAUUGUAAUUACUGGUGGCUCUUCAGGCAUCGGCCUCGCCACAACCUCCCUACUCCUCGAGCUUGGCGCCUCCGUUGUGGUUGGCGACCAGAACCCGCCUCCAGAUACCCUCCUCCAGCAGUACAGCGAAGGGAACCACCUGGCUUUUGUCGCCACCGAUGUCAGCAUCUGGGCCUCCUUGCGGUCCCUCUUCACAACCGCCGCUGCCAAGCACAACCGAAUCGAUCACGUCUUCGCUGCUGCCGGGAUAGCCGGCCUCCGAGCAAACUACCUCGGAGAGACCUUCAACUCGGAGACGGGCGAGCUGGAGGAGCCGUCCUCGGUCACGCUGGACGUCAACUUCAAAGCAUGCAUCAACACGGCCUACCUCGGCAUGUACCAUAUGCGCCACCAGACGCCACCCGGCGGCUCGAUCGUGCUGGCGUCAAGCGCGACGGGCUUCCAGCGCUUCCGAAACGUGGACUACUGCGCAUCCAAGCACGGACUGCUGGGUUUCAUGCGCGGACUGGUGCCACUUCUUGCCGAGAAUGUCAGCAGCAUCCGAGUCAACUGUAUCGCUCCAUCGUGGACGCUGACGGGGAUGGUCGCACAUGACGCAUUCGAAGCUGUAGGGCAUCUGAAGCAGACGCAGGACGCCGAGGUUGUCGCCAGGAGCACCGUUAUCUUGAUGGCGGACGAGAAGAGGCACGGUCAGACGAUAUAUUCACGACAGGGAAAGCUUAGGGAGGUAGACCAGGCGUUUCUGCAUUUGUCGAAGGAACUUGUGGGCGAGGUGGAUGAGGAUACGGUCCUCAAGGCCCUUCUCCAGUACCGCGCCGAGAGGAUGGCUGAGGAGGCGGCUAAGAUGGCCAAGGAGCAGGCGUCCGUGGACUGAUCCGCAGCCGCAAAGAUUCGAGGAUCUAUGAUUCAUCUUUAGGAGUAAUGAUAAAGUGUAUGAGAUUUAGGUCAGCGUUCAUGAACCUGGUUCAUAUGAAGGCGCUAUGUGAAAUUGAAAGCUAAACUAUCAGCACCUGGGAUGGGAUAACGGCUAAUCAAAUGGUAUUAUUUCUAAGAAGAGGCCCGAGUUAACAGUGAAAGGCAAAGGAAGAUGCAUUUGAUGUAACAGUGAAGUCAUUCAGUUUAUAUAUCAUAUGUACUC